UCAAUGAAAAGGUCCGUUCAUAAACCGUACACCGCUGUAUGGCGUUAACUUACAGAUGAAUCAUAGUCUGUUAAAGAAACAUUGUGAUUACUCAGUUUCAAUUAAUCACAUCGGCUCGACUAUGUUGUAGAAAAAUAGUUAUGUAGGCAGAAAAGGUCCAAUGAAUAGGAGAUAUCGUCAUCAAAGAGCGACAUAACAACAAACGGCAGCGCUGGACAGAAGACUGCACGGUCUGAUCAUGGACAGUGAAGUGCAGAGAGAUGGAAGAGUUCUCGAUCUCACAGAUGAUGCCUGGAGAGAAGACAGACUGCCAUAUGAGGAUGUCACAAUCCCACUGAGUGAACUUCCAGAAGCAGAGCAAGACAACGGCGGAUCGACUGAGUCAGUCAAAGAGCAAGAGAUGAAGUGGUCAGAUCUCGCCCUGCAGAGUUUGCAUGAAAACACCCCCAACAUUGGCACUUAGAUGUGAAGAUGCUCUGUCCAGUAUCUGUCCGUUAUGUGGGUCACUGAUACAAGAUUUAUGAUGCAAAAAACUAAUUUCUUGAUUAUGUGCCACUGUGAUUUGCAUUAAAAGUGUUUCAUUGUUUUGAUAUUA